AUGGCUUCUCGCGGCAAAAGUAUACGGAUCGCUAUCGCGCCAGGGCCGCCUUCGAUAAACCCAAGCGAAAAUGGAGGCCUGGCGAAAAUAGGAUAUGCCUGCCAGACAUGUACAAAGCGCAAGGUGAGGUGCGACAAGACGAUGCCGACCUGCUCCAGUUGUCGCAAAACCGGCCUUGAGUGCGUCUAUGCGCCGCCUCGCCCGCGGAAUCGAAAGCGGAAGCUGAGCGACGACGGGGUUGAGAGACUAGCCCGAUAUGAGAAUAUCCUGCGCCAGCACGGAUUGUUCGAUGCCGAUUCCGACCCCCAAUCUCCGCCCGAAAACACCCCCGAAAGUCGGAGGCCGGUUAGGGUCAAGGUUAUCGACGGACAGCUAAAGUACUCGGACCACGACAGCGGACUUUGGAAACCACUGGAAGAGCUCCGCGCCGAGGAUGAAACCGACGAGGAAGACAUGGCACCCAUUGGCGAUCCAUUGACCGGAGCAUUGGUUGGAAGCACUGAAGUGAACCUCCGUCAAUAUCGCCCCGCCCCGGCCAUCGUUUGGCUGCUCUGGGAAACGUAUAUGGAAAACGUGGAGCCGCUGUGCAAGAUGCUGCAUACCCCGACCACCAGCGCCCUGAUGCGGCGCAUAAGUCAAGAGCUGGUGGUGCCGUACAGGUCCCAUGAGUGUUUAGUCUUCUCCAUCUACCACUUCGCCGUAUUUUCCAUGUCCGAGAGGGACUGUUAUUCCAAGCUUGGCCAAUCUCGGGACACCUUGCUCGAUGAGUAUCAUUACGCCACGAAGCAGGCUCUCAUCAACGCCCAUUUUCUCCGGACGACCCAACUGUCCGUUCUGCAGGCUCUGGUCCUUCUUCUGCUCGCCUCUCGGGACCACUACGACGCGCGGACAUACUGGGCCCUCACAGGGGUUGCCGUCCGCAACGCCCAACGCAUCGGCAUCCACCGGGAUGGGGAGAAGCUUGGCCUGCCGCCCUUCGAAGUGGAGAUGAGGCGCCGCCUGUUUUACCAACUCAUGCCUCUUGACGCCCGGGCCAGCCAGAUGGUGGGUGUCGGGAUCUCGAUCCUCCCGGCCACGUGGGACACACGGCCGCCCCUGAAUAUCAACGACGACCAGAUCUGGCCGGAGAUGACCGAGACACCGGAGGAACGGAAUGGGGCAACUGAAAUGAUUUUUUGCCGGUCUCGCGCGUGCCUCGGCCAGUACUCCAUCAAAGUAGGGAUGCUAGGGGGGGCGGCGGGGCUCUGGCCCCGCGGCAAUCCGUUGGUUAUAGCGAAGCAGAGAAAGUCGUCGAACAGGCUGAAAGCGAAGUCGAGGAGAAAUACAUCCGCUACUGUGACGUUAUUAACCCCCUGCACUUCCUGGCAAUCUGCAUGGCUCGAUCCAGGGAUCACGGCAAUGCGGUUGCGCAUCCGAUUGCCCACGACAACAAACCACAUUGACAGCGAAAGCGACGCUAGUGGGAUCCUUCCACUCGCCCUCAAGAUCCUGGAUACGGACGCGGCAGUAUGCUCCCACGCCGGCUUGGAAAGGUAUCAUUGGCAUACCAAAACCUUUUCUCUUUGGGGGACUUGGGACUCCUUCAUCUUCGUUCUGACUCAUCUGUUAAAGAAGCAGGCCGUGUCUCCGGAUGACGUGGGCGCUAUCUGGAAGCGGGUAGAGGCCAUGUACCGGCAUCACGAGGAUCUACUCGAGUCAAAACGGUCACUUUACGUGGCUCUCGGACGCCUUACGCUGAAGGCAUGGGAGGCUCAGCCCUCUAACGAGAUGAUGAAGGGUGUCGACGACCCAGGCUUCAUCACGGCCUUGCGGCCCGCCCGAGAUGGUCCAUCGCCAGGCCCGGAAAACCGCAAAAACAGGAAAAGUACACGGGCUACUCAACCAGUAUCCAUUUCCCCUUCGCAGAGUUCCCCUGAGCUGCCUCAGAGUGACAUGUUUGGUGGGAUGAAUCUGGAUGCAGAGUUCGCAUUCGAUAUUGAUGGCGCAGAUUGGGCUUCUUGGGACCAGUUGAUUCAAAACCACGAGGCGCGGAACGAUGAAUGGGGGUGUGAGACUGGAGAGUUCGGCCUCAGCCACCUCUCGCCGGCGUAA